CGAGUCCUUCCUACUAGCUUAAAGUUGUAUCGCCAUGAGUCCGUGGAUGCGAUUACGCAGCUGCAAUGGCACGCUUCGUAGCCUUCGCAUCCAUGGAAUUCCUGGAAGGUUUCUUCAACUGCGGAUGGUGGCGGAAGCUCCACAGCGCGCAGGGGAGCACAAGGACUCUGUGCACAACAUUGGUGCGGGGCCCGGUGCCAAAGACAUGGACCUAGCAGCAUGGUCGAAGCUGAAGAAUUCUGACGUCGGUGCGCCACUCUCAUGGCGUCUUACAGAGAUCGGUGCUUGGAGGCCUAAUCCGCAGCCGAAGUUUGAGGUGGAGACUGUCCCAGGUUUGUCCCCAGGCGUCCCAGCGGCAGUUGUACAUGGUGUCCUCUCCGAGAAGGAAUGCCAAGAGCUUAUCGCUGCCUUUCCUUCUGGUGGCAAAGGCUACAUGCCCGGCCAGCGUGUUGCUGAGCUGUACCGCGAUCGAAGGGUGAAAUCACGUAGCUUGGUGAGGGAUGAGUUGCUGGCAAAGAUCCUCCAAGAGCGGCUACAAUCAGUCUUGCCCCACAAUCUUGAUGGUGGACGCUUGUUUGGUGUCAAUCCCAACUUCCGCUUCGUUCACUACGACACUGGGGGUCGGCACUCAACGCAUAUUGAUGGCAGGGAGCCGGUCAUGCCUGAACAGGAUGAAGCUGGAGACGGCUGGGUGCAGUCACGCAUGACACUACAAAUCUACCUCAACAGCCACGGCAAGGAUUUUCGUGGAGGUGAGUUUGCCAUCGUGGACGCAGAUGACAGCAGCGAAGAUGGUCGAGUCAAACACUUGAUCAAACCUCAAGCAGGCGACGUCGUCUUGUUCUAUCAAGAAAGAUUGAACCCACCAUCAGAGUAUCCCCCCUACGAGCUACAGCAUCAAGCAAAUGACGUGACUGAAGGAGAGAAAUACGCUUGUCGCACAAUGGUGGAUUACAUUUUUCCUGAUCAACAAACCGCCCACCUUAGCAAUGUCAAGGAUGACUACAUGUCUCGGAGAUCUGUCUUGGCCAUAGGCAAUACCAUCAUGGACACAAUGUUGACAGUGAGCCACAUUCCAGUAGAUGAAAAAAUCAGUGUGAAGACAAAGAAGACCUAUGUCGGAGGACAAGGUGCAAAUGCUGCCCAGGCUCUAGCGCUUCUGGGUGCAAAUGUGUCAUUCAUGACUCGUUUAGGAGAUGACCCCGAGGGCCAUACCGCCAUGAAUGCCUACGAAAAGUUGGGAAUGGACUUAACUCACAAGGUAGUUGUUCCUGGAGCUCACACCAGUGUUGCAGCUGUCCUUGUUGCGACUGACAAGGCACAUCAUCGUAGCUGUUUGAUCUACGAUGAUCCCAAGCUGCUGGGCUCACCUACCUCUGAGCCCGUGGAUGCGGCUCUCCAUCGCCUCAGCUCGGGGCACUUUGAUGCGGUUUACACAGAUGGGUGGCAGAUAGACUUGGCUCUGCCGAUAGCACGAGCUGCCAAGAAGCUCUCUGUCCCCAUUGUAGCAGAUAUCGAAGCUCUGACAGCGGAAACACGUGAAUUGGCAGAUUUGGCCACUGUACUAAUCGCAGGUGCCUCAGUGAUAAAGGCCUUGGCAGGUCAGGAUGAUGUGAGACACGCAGUACUGAGCCUUGUGAAUCGGUGUCCAGGUCGUGUGGUUGUCGCCACUGAAGGUGAGGGAGGCUCGUAUGGUGCUGCCCACGGUGAGGAGGUGAUCUAUGUUCCUGCACUGGAGGUGGAUGUGCAGGAUACUACUGGGGCAGGUGAUUCAUACCAUGCUGGCUACAUGAUGGCGUUCUUGAAAGGACGGAGUGUGGCUGACUGCAUGUCUUUUGCCACCAAAGUGGCAGCGGCCAAAUGCGAGACUCCAGGCUCCUCUUUAACCCGUGAUGCAUUAGAAAGAUUCGGCCUGUUGGAUGGGAAGCAGCUUGCUGCCAUUCCUUGACGUUCACAGAAAGUAGUUCACCAACAGGUUGAGCAGUGACACAUGUUUGCAACAUGUUUGUACAGUGCUAUUUUGCUGUAAAGUUUCAGUGUCAGAACAUUGUGGUUGUGGCUCACUUGCUCUUAGACACAGACUUGCAAGCCAUUUCCACACUGGUGGGCAGAAAUAACCACUUGUUCCGAGCGGCGCUGCGAAAA